GCCGUGUUACAGAUGCCAGUAUGCGACAACAUGUGAAUCUACUGAUUCGGCAGUGAAACGUUGUGUGAUCAAAUUAAUAGGUGUUCGUAUGUGUGUCAGAAGUAUUGUACCGCUAAAACAUAAACCGUAUUUAUCUGUCAAUACUUAACUUUUUCAUACGUCUGUUAACGGCGGUCUUUUACACAGCUGAAGUUGACAGGCUAGCAAACUCAUCACAGUCUAAGACCCAAUCAAAGGACUUGUAGCUUACUUGUACCUUUGAAGUGACAAACUUACAUGAGAUGUUGUACUUAAUCGGACUUGGCCUCGGGGAUGCCAAGGACAUCACUGUUAAGGGUCUUGAGGUAGUGCGUCGUUGCAGCCGAGUGUAUUUGGAAGCCUACACGUCCAUACUGACAGUGGGGAAAGAAGCUCUGGAGGAGUACUAUGGCCGUGAGCUGAUUCUGGCGGACCGGGACAUGGUGGAACAGGAGGCAGCGGAAAUCCUGAAAGGCGCCAACACUGAAGACGUGGCCUUCCUGGUGGUGGGGGACCCAUUUGGUGCCACCACGCACAGUGACCUGGUGCUGAGAGCAGUGGAGGCUGGGAUAGCGUACCGCGUCAUUCACAACGCCUCCAUCAUGAACGCCGUGGGCUGCUGUGGCCUCCAGGUGGGAUCACACACAUUAUUGUCAUACACACUA